AUGACUCAACAGGCUCAGCUGCCAAGGUUUCUGGCCAGUCCUCACCUGGCCGUGGUGGCAGCCAAUGUAUCUUGUGGUGCGCCCAGGGAUGGUGCCCAGGGAGGUCCGGACGCAGUAAUAGAUUCCGGUGUCUUCAACGAGAUACAGUCCAAGUCAAACAUCGAGAUCAGCUUUGAUGAGCACACUGCGCCCUACUCGCAGUCUGAUCAUAUCAUCGAUGAUGAUUUCCAGGGCAUGAAGAAACCCCGUGCGGUGAGCAGGGCUACCAAGCGGAUCAGUGAGCUCGUGUAUAACCAGGCACGGGAAGGGAAGUUUGUUCUUACAUUAGGUGGCGAUCAUUCAAUCGGGAUUGGUACCAUCUCCGGCGUUGCUAAAGCCAUCCACGAAAGACAUUCGGGUCGCGAGAUUGGCGUGCUAUGGAUCGACGCGCACGCUGAUAUCAACACACCGGAGACGAGUCAUAGCGGUAGGAUUCAUGGAAUGCCCGUCGCUUUUGUUUCUGGUCUUGUCAGAAUGAAAGAGAGCGGUAUUUUUGAUUGGAUUGGGGAAAGCAAUCUCAUCAAUCUGCACAGGUUUGUAUAUGUUGGUCUUCGGGAUGUUGAUGACGCCGAGAAGGACAUCAUUGCGAAGCAUGGGGUCAGGGCUUUUUAUAUCGAUGAUGUUAGGGAACACGGUAUUCAUAAGGUCAUGGACUCAGCGCUGGAAUACCUCGGUAAUGAGACACCGUUGCAUGUUUCAUUUGAUAUCGAUUCUUUAGACCCAGAAUGGGCCCCAUCUACAGGAUUCCCCGUUGCUCCAGGGUUGACACGAGACGAGGGUGUUUAUAUCGUGCAACGCCUCUCCAAUGCAGGAAGCUUGGUUGCUAUGGAUUUGGUUGAAAUCAAUCCACAGAUUGAGCCAUCAAAAUUAGAUGUGACGGUAGAAUCUGGAUGCUGGGUCAUCAAAAAUGCACUUGGAAUGCGGUAG